AUUUCAAAUCUUGGAAUGUAUGGUAUUCGUGAAUUUACCGCAAUUAUUAAUAUGCCUCAGGUGUCCAUUCUAGCGGUUGGUGGUUCUCAGGACAGUGUUUACAUGAGACCCGAUUUGACCACCCUACAUGAAGUCACUUUAACUCUCUCAACCGAUUCCCGUUAUGUCGACCAAAUUGUUGCUGGCUACUUUCUUUCCUAUGUUUCGCGAUUACUUGGAGAUUACCCUGAAGAACUUAUCGAUAAAGUAGAUGCAAAUACUUUCGAUCCGUUCUCCCAAGAAAUGCUUCUUGGUGCCGCUCAAGCAGCCAAUUCAGCUUCUUAA